UCAUCUCUUCCGCCUAGCUAUGGGAACUUCAUCUCGAACUAUCAUAUGCAUGGGACGGAGAAGGGUCUGAAUGAACUGUGUGGUAUGCUCAAGACAGCAGAGGUAGACAUUAGGAAAAGCGCUAGUACCAGCCAUGUGAUGGCUAUAGAGAACAAGCCUAGCUUUAAGAAGAAGGGCAAUUCUUGGAAGAAGAAGGGCAAGGCUGGAACGUCCAAGCCAAACCUAGCGCCCAAGGUUAAAGCUGGACCUGGACCUGCUCCAGACAAAGAGUGCUUUUACUGUCAUGAACUUGGUCACUGGAAGAGAAACUGCAAGCAGUACCUAGCUUCGUUGAAGAAUGGCGGAAGUAAGAGCGAGUAUUUGAGCCACGAGUUUAGCAAUCAUCUAAAGAGUUGCGGAAUUGUUCCACAACUUACGCCGCCUGGAACACCUCAGAGAAACGGUGUGUCCGAGCGACGUAAUCAAACUUUGUUAGACAUGGUUCGAUCAAUGAUGAGCCAGUCGGACCUACCGUUGUCAUUUUGGGGAUACGCUCUAGAAACAGCAGCUUUCACACUUAAUAGGGUACCAUCUAAAUCUGUAGUUAAGACACCAUAUGAGAUAUGGACUGGAAAGGUUCCUAGUUUGUCUUUUCUAAAGAUUUGGGGAUGUGAAGUGUUCAUCAAGCGACUUCAGUCGGACAAGAUCACACCCAAGUCGGAUAAGUGCAUUUUCGUCAGAUGUCCAAAGGAAACUUUGGGAUAUUAUUUCUACAACCGAUCAGAAGGCAAAGUGUUUGUCGCUCGGAACGGGGUUUUCCUAGAGAAAGAGUUUCUCAAAGGAGAAAAGAGUUCACAUCUUCAGCAGUUGUCUCCACCAAGGAAGCCGUUGGUGUCCGCGGGAGAGACGCGGAAGCUGGAGGAGCGGCUCAGGGAGGCGGGCUUGGGCCGGGUGUUCCUCCUGCAGGGCGGCGACUACGCCAAGAGCUUCAAGGAGUUCAGCGCCAACAACAUCCGCGACACGUUCCGGCUCAUGCUGCAGAUGGCCAUCAUGGCUCCGGCCGCCCGCAGCCCUGCACGUACGGCGACCCUGCAGGGGAGCCCGGCCGGAGAAAAUGGCUUCCGGGGUAGCGGCGCAGCACGGCCGCCCCGUCCAUCGCGUGCCGCCGGAGCUCGCUUGACCUCAUCUCCGUAG